AUGAACAAUGCAUCUAUAACUCUUUCUAGCUAAUUUCUAUCUACAUCGAACUCAUUACGCGUUCGUGUCUCUUUCCCAUAGAUUCUCAAUACCCUUCACCUCUGUAAGUUCCACCUAAGGCCCUAAUUAAACUCCAUCAUCCCCCUGACCCCCUCAAAUAUAUAUAGGUAUAUACUCCUUCAACCAACCGCGCACGUUAGCAACGCGCGCCGAAUCGCGUUAUAUAACAAACUCACAUACAUAAGCCACAUUCCUUUUUUUCUUUUCUUGUUUUUUUUUGGUUCUGUAUUAAAAUAAAAAAGAAAAUACAUGGUAGUAGUAUAAAGGAGUAAAAAGAUUAUUAAAAAACUUACUAGUUGUUGCGCUGAUCAAUGAGUGGCCUUCCGAAGCACGAACGCCGAUGGGCGUCAGACACAGUUCCAGAGAAAGUAACAGUUAGCAGCGGGACCUCGCCGGGAACAGAAUACAGUUCCUUUGCCGAUGAUGAGUAUGUUGAGGUUACUCUCGAUCUUCAAGACGAUAACACCAUCGUUCUCCGCGGCGUCGAGCCGGUCACAGUCCUCAACAUCGACGACGCCGCAGCCACAAGUAGUGGAUACGCGACUCCGGCAUCCUCCGUCAGAUCGCCGACGGGAAGGAGGAGUCCUUCCAAUAGGCUGCGGCAGUUCUCUCAGGAGCUGAAGGCCGAGGCGUUUGCUAGAGCGAGGCAGUUCUCGCAAGAGCUGCGGCGGUUUUCUUGGAGCCACGGCGGCGAGGCAGCGUUGGCCGCUCGAGAUCUCAGGAAGCAACGCGCUCAGCUUGAUCGAACUCGCUCCGGCGCUGGCAGAGCGCUCCGUGGACUCAGAUUCAUCAGCAGUAAAUCCAAUGGCGUGGAUGCCUGGAACGAGGUGCGGAGCAAUUUUGAUAAGCUCGCCAAGGACGGCUUUCUCCACCGCACCGAUUUUGCGCAAUGCAUAGGGAUGAAAGAUUCCAAGGAGUUCGCGCUAGAACUGUUCGAUGCUCUGAGUCGUAGACGAAGACUGAAGGUUGAAAAGAUUAGCAGAGACGACCUAUUCGAGUUCUGGUCCCAAAUUACUGAUCAAAGUUUUGAUUCGCGGCUCCAGCUCUUCUUCGACAUUGUGGACAAGAAUGAAGACGGUAGAAUCGCAGAAGAAGAAGUGAAGGAGAUAAUCGAGUUAAGCGCUUCAGCAAAUAAGUUAUCCAGACUGAAGGAGCAGGCCGAAGAAUAUGCAGCUCUUAUCAUGGAAGAGUUAGACCCUGAAAGACUUGGCUACAUCGAGCUAUGGCAAUUGGAGACCCUUCUUUUACAAAAAGACACGUAUCUAAGCUACAGCCAAGCCUUAAGCUACACAAGUCAAGCUUUGAGUCAGAACCUCCACGGGCUAAGGAUGAGAAGUCCGAUACGUAGGAUGAGCCGCAGGUUGCUCUACUAUUUGCAAGAAAAUUGGAAGAGACUUUGGGUUUUAACAUUGUGGAUUGCCACAAUGACUGGGCUCUUCACGUGGAAGUUCAUUCAGUACAAGCAGAAAGAUGCUUUUCAUAUCAUGGGUUACUGUCUACUCACGGCCAAAGGCGCGGCUGAGACUCUAAAGUUAAACAUGGCACUGAUACUCUUGCCCGUAUGCAGAAACACUAUAACCUGGCUCAGGUCCACUAAGCUGGCUUACGUUGUACCUUUUGAUGAUAACAUCAACUUUCAUAAGACUAUUGCUGCGGGCAUAGUGAUUGGUAUUAUACUUCAUGCUGGUGAUCACCUUGCUUGUGAUUUUCCAAGACUCGUAAAUACGACAGAAGCUCUUUAUGACAAGUAUUUGCAUGGCGUAUUUGGCAAACAUAAACCAAGUUACGGAGACCUUGUUAAAGGGCCCGAGGGUGUGACUGGAAUUCUGAUGGUGAUUUUUAUGGCAAUAGCGUUUACACUUGCAACAAAACUGUUUAGGAGAAAUCUUAUUAAGCUACCUAAACCAUUUAAUAGACUCACUGGCUUCAAUGCUUUCUGGUAUUCGCACCACCUCUUUGUCAUUGUCUACGUUCUGCUCAUCAUCCAUGGUGUAAAGCUUUACCUCGUGACCAAAUGGUACCAUCAAACGACAUGGAUGUAUCUUGCAGUUCCAGUUUUACUUUAUGCUGGAGAAAGAACACUCAGAUUCUUCCGUUCUGGCCUCUACACAGUCCAUCUAAAAAAGGUUGCCAUUUAUCCUGGAAAUGUUCUCACAUUACAAAUGUCAAAGCCACCACAAUUUCGUUACAAGAGCGGACAGUACAUGUUUGUGCAAUGUCCAGCUGUCUCUCCUUUUGAGUGGCAUCCCUUUUCUAUUACCUCCGCCCCUGACGAUGACUAUCUGAGUGUUCACAUUCGGCAACUGGGUGAUUGGACACAGGAGCUUAAAAGGGUAUUCUCUGAGGCCUGUGAGCCUCCGGUAGCAGGGAAAAGUGGACUUCUCAGGGCAGAUGAAACAACCAAGAAAAGUCUACCCAAGCUGAAGAUAGACGGACCUUACGGUGCGCCAGCACAAGACUAUAGAAAAUAUGAUGUCCUAUUACUUGUCGGUCUUGGAAUAGGAGCAACUCCUUUUAUCAGCAUUUUAAAAGAUCUGCUCAACAGCAUUGUCAAAAUGGAGGAGCUGGCGGAUUCAGUCUCUGAUUCAAGUAGAGGUUCAGAACAUAGUGCUGUUAAUACAGACCCGGCAUCUCUAAACAAGAUUUCUCCAAAGCGGAAGAAAACACUCAAGACUACCAACGCUUAUUUCUACUGGGUAACAAGAGAGCAAGGCUCUUUCGAUUGGUUUAAAGGGGUCAUGAAUGAAGUUGCCGAUCUAGACCAAAGGGGUGUCAUUGAGAUGCACAACUACUUGACCAGCGUAUACGAGGAAGGCGAUGCCAGAUCCGCCCUCAUCACCAUGGUGCAGGCCCUCAACCAUGCAAAAAAUGGAGUUGAUAUUGUUUCAGGGACAAGGGUGCGAACUCAUUUUGCCAGGCCAAACUGGAAGAAAGUCUUCUCUAAAAUAUGUUCAAAGCACAGUAAUGGACGAAUAGGGGUAUUUUAUUGCGGUGCACCUGUGUUGGCAAAAGAACUAAGCAAACUCUGCUUUGAGUUCAACGAGAAAGGCACAACGAAAUUUGAAUUCCACAAGGAGCAUUUCUAAGGAGUUUGGAAGGACCUUUCCUAUCUCUACCAAGAGUCAACACUUUAGCAACUUCUCGUCACCAAUUUUAAAAUUAGGUUCGAUAAGAUAUACACGUGUAUAGAUAGAUGAUGUUGUGAAGCAUCUAGCAUUGUACAUAGCGGCAUUGCAUGAUGCAUGUGGCGGCUGCGCAAUGGGAUAUGCGUGGGCACUGGCAACAGUGUGUUACAGCUAAGCUGAAUAUAGAUUGGUUUACCUGAUCUAAGUUCUCACUUCUUGGAGGGUACAUUGUUGGCUGAUACAUUCAAUAUAGUAUAUAGUAUAUAGACAGUUUUGAAAAUGAUAGUACGUAGUGGAUGUAGUUAGGACUGCGAAAGGGGGAGACUAAACUCGUCAUCUUCCUAGAGUGGGUUCCAUAAUCUUUCUAGAAUAUUGAUGUUGAAAUUGGAUUUCUUCCACGUCUUUGUUAUACAAAUAUACUGUAAAUGAGCCUAGUA